AUGACUGGCCGCGGCAAGGGAGGCAAGGGUCUCGGAAAGAGGCACAGGAAAGUGCUUCGUGACAAUAUCCAGGGUAUCACCAAGCCUGCCAUCCGUCGUCUAGCCCGACGAGGAGGUGUCAAGCGUAUCUCCGGUCUCAUCUACGAAGAAACCCGUGGCGUGCUCAAGGUAUUCCUCGAGAAUGUCAUCAGGGAUGCCGUCACCUACACUGAGCACGCCAAGAGGAAGACCGUCACCGCCAUGGAUGUUGUCUAUGCCCUGAAACGCCAAGGCCGUACCCUGUACGGUUUCGGUGGUUAGAUCGCCUCGCCCAUCAUGUCAACGCAUCUUGAGAUGAUACUCUUCUUCUUCAAGAUGACGU